CUCUCAUUCAUCAAUAUAUUGAUCUCUUACAUCUACGAUUAUUAACAAAAUGAUGAAUGUCAGAGGAUUAAAUCUUAUUAGAAAUACCUUGUUGAAAAAUAAUUACUCAAAGUUGGUCUAUAUAAAUCAUCACUUCAUAAAGACCGAUUUAAAUGUAAGAUCAAUCUCAACCACUUCAAUUGUCUUUGAUAAUAAUAAUGAUAAUGAUAAUAAAAAUCAUGAAAAAAAUCAUCAAAUAAACUCAAAUAAAUUCAAGAGAUUAGCUGCUUUAACAAAUUACGUAAACAAUAUAAUAUCUAAAGAUUCAAAAAAUGAAAUAAUUCAGGAUUCUUUAAUUAUUGAAACAAUUAAAAUUUGUAACGACCAAAUUAAUUCAGAUUCAACGAACUCAAAUGAUGAAUUGAUUUUAAACGACUUUAUUACUAAAUUGCUUAAUUUAAAAUCCCUUGAUUUAAAUCUUAUAAAUUUCAAAAAAUUGGUAUUGCUAAACAACGUUAUUGAAAACUAUCACAAUAAAAAUUUUAAAGUCAACUACACUUUUAUUAACCAGUUAAUUACCAGCUACCAAAAGCAAAAUCCUACAAGGCCUUUACCCAAUAAUCUCAUUACAAUGAUAAUAAGAUUUUCCUUGUUUGAAAAUAAUAUCGAAGAGUCAUUGAAAAUUGUCGACAAAAUUACAACCGAAAAAAAUUACAUCAACACACGUAAAACUAAAAUGUGGAAUAGCGUUGGAAUAACUGUUGGUGGGUUGUUUGGUGUUAGCACAACCAUUGAACUAGUUGCAAAUGCGUUCUUCAAGGAAUAUUUUUUCGGUGUUCAUAAUACUAUUUUAAUGCUUGUUCCAUAUCUCCUAAAUAUUAGUAUUUUAUAUUCAAUAAUGAAAAUCAAUAGAAAUCAUAGCACUGGUAAUGUCAGUGUCUUGAAAUACAAAGAUGGUACAGCACCUACUUAUAGUUACAUUUACUUAAAUCAAAUGAAAUUUUACUCAAUAAUCUUUGAGAAUGAUAGAAAAAUUAACAGUGGUCUUGACAAAGAUCCUCGAAAAGCCAUUGUUAAUAGAUUGGUUAAAAACAACUUUGUUCCUUUGCCCAACGAAGAAGACUUAUUAGUUGAUGAAUAUUGGAUCACAAAAGGCGAGAACUUCGAGUGGAUGGACCCAGAUCAAGAUCCUGCUGAAAUCAUUUACAGAAAUUAUUUAAAAGAUCGAAAAUUGGCCUUUUUGCCCAAUAACACUUCCACUGAUAAUAAAAGUUUGGACUGGACUAGAGAAUUGUUGAUUGAGACUCCAAAGACCCAAUAAACGCCAAGUUGUCAAAACAGCAAUCCCUCCACC